AUGAACGAUAAAGAUCAACAAGGUGGCUAUCCGCAAGCCGGGUACCCGCAACCCGGUUAUCCUCAAGGAGGCUACCCGCAAGGUGGUAUCCCGCCAGGCGGCUACCCUCCCCAAGGCGGCUACCCUCCCCAAGGUGGCUACCCCCCUGGUGGUUAUCCUCCGCAACCAGGAUUCCAGGCUGCAGGCUAUGGCGGUGCAGGAUAUGGAGAACCUGGGUACGGAGGGCCUGCGGGAUUGGGUGAUGAUGCCGACGUGAAAGGCUUCGACUUUAACGAGCAGACCAUCAGGAAGGCAUUUGUCCGGAAGGUGUACUCCAUUUUGAUGUGUCAGCUGCUUGUAACGCUGUCCUUCAUCACUCUGUUCGUAUACCAUGCACCAACCAAACUAUGGGCACAGCAAAAUACAUGGGCUUUCUGGGUAGCGUUCGUGGUGAUGUUUGUAUGUCUGAUCGCGAUGUCGUGCUGCGGCGACCUCCGCCGUCAGUCGCCGACCAAUUUUAUUUUCCUUGGUCUCUUCACCCUCGCAGAGAGCUUCUUGCUUGGCGUCACCAGCUCUGUUUAUAAGAGCGAUGCGGUAAUGAUGGCGGUGGGAAUAACGGCGGCUAUCUGUCUCGCUCUAACCCUCUUCGCGAUGCAGACCAAAUGGGACUUUACGGCCAUGGGUGGUAUACUAUUGUGUGCUACCGUGAUACUCUUGCUGUUUGGUAUAAUCGCGAUCUUCAUCCCUCGCAACUCAAUAGUGAUGCUCGUCUAUGCCUCUGUUGGAGCUCUGCUUUUCUCGGUUUAUCUGAUCUACGACACUCAGCUGAUGAUGGGCGGUAAACACAAAUACAGCAUUUCGCCAGAGGAAUAUGUGUUCGCGGCUCUUAAUCUAUAUUUGGACAUCAUAAACAUCUUCAUCUACAUCCUUACGAUUAUUGGCGUUGCUAAAGAUUAA